UGAGCUAUGGUGAGCUGUCAGACUGUACGUAUCAUGAGUGUAUGCACUGUAAAUCAGUAAGAAUAGUGUAUUCUAUGCAUUAAAUAUAUUGUGGCAAAAAUUUGGAAAUUGUGACUCAAGUAUUCAGAAGAGGUUAGAAUCUUAUUAAUUAGGUUAGAAACCUAGUAAUUUCAAAUAACAUAUGAAGUGAUGUUAUUAGUAAUAAUAUCAUGAAAUAAGCAAUUACAGUGCGGACACUAUUAAAAUUUGUUGCAAAAUGGAUCCAGCUCUACUUAGAGAGCGAGAGCUCUUUAAAAAACGUGCUUUGUCUACACCAGCAGUUGAAAAAAAGAAACAGGAAAAAGAGACUACGAGAGAUGAACCGUCAAAGAAGAAACUUAAACCAUCGUCCAUAUCUACAGGACCAAAAUUGGAUAUCGUUAAUUACAAGACUAUGACUGGCAGUACGCAAUAUAAAUUUGGUGUAUUAGCAAAGAUAGUUAAGCAUAUGAAAGCAAGGCAUCAGGAAGGAGAUGAUCAUCCAUUAACAUUAGAAGAGAUUUUAGAUGAAACAAACCAAUUAGAUGUUGGAUCAAAAGUCAAACAAUGGCUUCAAACUGAAGCUUUAAUAAAAAAUCCUAAGAUUGAAGUUACACUUGAAAACAGAUUUGUCUUUAAACCUAUGUAUAAAAUUAAAGAUAAAAAAUCCUUAUUAAGACUUCUGAAACAACAUGAUCUAAAAGGUUUAGGUGGUAUAUUAUUGGAAGAUAUACAAGAGAGUUUGCCACAUUGUGAUAAACAUUUAAAAAAUUUACAAAAUGAAAUAUUAUAUAUUAUGCGACCACUUGAUAAGAAGAAAAUUGUUUUUUAUAAUGACAAAACAACACAACUACCUAUAGACGAGGAAUUCCAAAAAUUAUGGAGAGCUGUUGCAGUAGAUGCAAUGGAUGAUCAAAAAAUAGAUGAAUAUCUUGAAAAACAAGGAAUUAGGUCAAUGCAAGAUCACGGACUCAAGAAACCAGCACCAAUCAAAAGAAAGAAACCCCUUAACAAAAAGAGACAGUUUAAGAAGCCAAGAGAUAAUGAACAUUUAGCAGAUCUUUUAGAGACAUACGAUGAUUAAAUCAGAAGUUACGAAUGUUUUACUACACAAAACACGUUUUUACAGAAACAAAUUAUGAAAUGACAGAAUGUAAAUAAUAUCAAAGUAAUAAAACUUGCUUAUGAACAAAUUA